AUGAAGUUUUCCUUUGCCGCUGGGCUUGUUUUUGCAGCUCAGCUUUGUAGUGUCUCUACUGCGUUUAAUCCUUUACGCUUCUUUAUGGACGAUAGCUCCUUUUCUCCAAAUGUCCAUGGCCCUGUUUCCAGCGGAAGUGACAUUGCAGCUCCUCCUUUGAAUCAUCCAUCACAAAAGCCGUACGAAACAAAUGUGGAAGAUUCCUCCUCAGUAACCAAUGACCAUUACAUCGUUAUGUUUAAGCCCUCCUUUGAUAGAGCCAAGAUCAAUAGCCAUCAUGAGUGGAUUCAACACCAACACCACAAACGCUCUCUUGAUUGGCAAGACGUCUCUACGUUCUUGCUCAAGCAUACCUUUGAAAUCGGCGAUUCCUUUAUGGGAUAUGCUGCUCGCUUCUCUCCUUGGCUUGUAAACGAGCUCAAGAAGCACCCUGAUAUUGCAAUCGUCGAGCCUGACCGUGUCAUGCACAUAACCACCGAACAACGCUUCGCUCCUUGGGGUCUUGCUCGUGUUUCUCACCGUGACCGUUUGGGCUUGACUACCUUUACUCGCUACAAUUACAAUGAAACUGCCGGUGAGGGAGUAACCGCUUAUGUCAUCGACACAGGUAUCAACGUUAACCACCAAGACUUUGAAGGCCGUGCUUCCUGGGGAGCCACGAUUCCCAAUGGCGAAAAGGACAUUGAUAAUCAUGGCCAUGGAACUCAUGUUGCUGGCACGAUUGCUGGAAAGACCUUUGGUCUUGCUAAGAAUUCCAAACUCGUAGCCGUUAAAGUAAUGCGUGCUGACGGUACCGGAACUACUUCUGAUAUCAUCAAGGGCAUUGAAUUUGCUUUCAAGGAAUCCAAGAAGGACGAGGAUUCUGUGGCUUCUGUUGCCAACAUGUCUUUGGGCGGUGAUGCUAGCCUAGCUUUGGAUUUGGCUGUCAGCGCUGCUAUCAAGGGCGGUCUCUUUUUCGCCGUUGCUGCUGGUAACGAUGCUGAAGAUGCCUGCAACACUUCUCCUUCUCGUGUGAGCAGUGCCAUGACUGUUGGUUCCAUGACCUGGACUGAUGGUAUUUCUUCUUUUAGCAACCAUGGUUCUUGUGUUGAUAUCUUUGCUCCCGGAUCUCUUAUUCUCUCUGACUGGAUUGGAUCUGACAAAGCUUCCAUGCUACUUUCUGGUACCUCUAUGGCCUCUCCCCAUGUUGCUGGUUUGGCCGCUUACUACAUUUCUCUUGAACCCUCUUUGGCCAAUAAACCCGCUGAUCUUAAGAAAUAUAUGCUCAAGUAUGCCUUGUCUGAUAAAAUUGAAGGAAUUCCGGAGGGAACUCCCAAUGUUCUUGCAUAUAAUAAUUUCUCUGAUUAA